ACUCAGAUAGCGGGUCAUUGGACGCAUCCGGACGCUGUUGAACAAGAACCGACCCGUUCGGUGUGUCCGUUAUCGUAUCAACGAAUCAAUUAAUUACUUUUUCAUUUAAACUACUAGUUGUUACUUGUUGUGGUUUACAAACGGUCCGGGGUUCUCUCUUCCAUGAUGCACGGGUAAGCUAGCUAACGUUAGCCACGGAGCUAACGUCCAUGGUCCAGUGUCUGUGCCGGGAGAAAGUAGCGGAGUCUGCGUUCCUUCUUUUAGGGUGGCUGGAGGCGAAUAAUUUGGAGUAAACAUGGAGAAAAGUAAUCGUUUUGUAAAGCUGUACUAUUAUCUCCAAGACCCCCAUCUUGUCGCUCGAUUUCAGCGAUUUUGUGGGGUACACGGGACGUUUUCGAAGACAGUCUCAAGCAAGGAAGCAGACCGGACUCAGUCGCACAACAACGGGGCUUGCCAUCGUCCCAUCACUGGGGGAAAUGAGAGUGAAAACAUGGCCGGGUUUGGAGGAGCUGGGGAAGGAGAAACAGCAGAAGUGGGUGUUCGGAAGAGGGUGAAAAACAGAGGGGAGGAAAGUGAAAAUCCUGCCCAGAAUGGAGCACCUGUGUCUGAAACAGACUCCGGGGGAGAAACUGUUGCUGUGUGCAAUAACGGUCGUAGUCUCCAAGGCGCUACUACAACCGUUGGUAACAGCGGUGGUGGUUCGGACUUUUCAGGGGCAACCGCCCGGGGAGAAACGGUUGCUGUGGACAAUAACUGUCGUGGUCUCCACGGGGCUACAACCGUAAGUCACAGCGCUGCACAGCAUGUAUUUUCAGCGGCAAACGAAGAGAGGGAGACGGGGAAAGAUAGUGACGACCCCCUAUCUAGCGGCACGGUAAAACCCCUCCGUAAAAACUCUCUAACUGGUGACGCGGGUCAGGAGUUCCUCAUCGGGAACCGGUUCCUGUACUACAUGUUCACCUUCGCAACCGAGCUGGGCAACGAGCUGUUCUACAUCAUCUUCUUCCCCUUCGUUAUGUGGAACAUAGACGCCUUAGUGAGCAGGAGGCUGAUCAUGGUAUGGGUCUGGGUCAUGUACCUGGGUCAGUGCACCAAGGAUGUGAUCGGCUGGCCCCGACCCGCCUCACCACCUGUGGUCAAGGUGGAGAUGUUUUACAACUCUGAGUACAGCAUGCCGUCCACACACGCCAUGUCGGGCACUGCCAUCCCCUUCUCUCUGUUCUUCAUGACCUACUGCCGGUGGGAGUACCCGUUCUCGCUGGGCUUCAUCCUGGCUCUCUGCUGGUGUCUGCUGGUCUGUGUCAGCCGAAUCUACAUGGGAAUGCACUCGGUCCUGGUACGUCCACACACACAGGAACACACACACAGGAACACACACAGACAGUGUUGGCCGUGCCGCCUGCAGUGCCAGAUUGUCGUCAUUCUGUCCGUUCAAACACGAUAGCUGACACGUGGGAAACGGUAU